CAAAGCCUCAAGAAUUCACUCACCACCACACAGCUUAAAUACUUAAUUAAAGCUUCCCAAAAAACACUCCAUCUUCUUCAUCCUCACCAAAACAUGGCUUCAUCUCUUCGUUCAUUUGCAGCUGCCCUUCUCUUUGUGAUGCUGUUCAUGGCCACUGAGCUGGGAACAAACAGAAUAAUGGUGGCGGAGGCGAGGAUGUGCGAGUCGGCGAGCUCGAAGUUCAAGGGGCCAUGUUCUCGGGACAGCAACUGCGCAACGGUUUGCCACACGGAGGGGUUCACCGGCGGCGACUGCAAAGGCUUCCGCCGCCGCUGCUUCUGCACUAAGCCUUGCUAAUUCAUCUCACCUAUCCAUAUAGGCGGCCGCUGUGUGUGUUUAUGUGUGGUGUGUAUUGUUAAAUAAAUGUUACAAAUCCAACCAUGAUGUAUGUGGAUCAGUCUUAUCUCUGCUUAGUCCUAAUAAACCUUAGAAAACCCAAACAUGGAGUCUGCUGCUUUGCCAGCUGGAUCUCAUGGUGUUUGGUUCCCUUGCUUGCUUGCUAGCUGGUAAUUACAUGUAUUCAGUUGUUUCAUGUUUCGUACGUUUUCGGUGUUCUUGUCUCAAGUUAUCAACUAAUUUCUCUGUUUUUGUUUUUUUUCA